UUAUCCAAUAUGGCUGAAACGUUCAGCAGUCGUUUCUUCUUCUAGUCGAUUUCUGGCAUUUGUCCUGCUGGUUAUUUGCAAACAUUUUUUUAUGAGAUACGAAUAGACGCUGCAGCAAUUUAAUUUCAGUGGGUGUCUAUUUGUUGUUGUUGAAAAAACGGUACUUGUCUCGAAAAUGAGUUACACGACGCGGGUGGUUCAGGUGACCAAUGUGUCGCCGAGCACAACGUCGGAACAGAUGAGGACAUUGUUUGGUUUUCUGGGAACCAUCGAGGAACUAAAGCUUUUUCCGCCCGAUGAUUCCCCUAUGCCGGUGACAUCACGUGUCUGCUUUGUGAAGUUCCAGGAGCCAGAGUCUGUGGGAGUGUCUCAGCAUCUUACCAAUACGGUGUUUGUGGAUAGAGCGUUGAUCGUGGUCCCAUUUGCUGAAGGAUCUAUUCCAGAUGAGGCUAAAGCUUUGUCCCUUUUGGCCCCAGCAAAUGCUGUUGCAGGGAUUUUGCCAGGCGGAGGCCUUCUCCCGACACCAAAUCCCCUCCCAAAUCCAGCUCUCGGGGGUAACCCCUUUGGUGCUCACACUAUAGAUCCAAUGGCGGCAUUUGGAUUCGCUGGGCCUAAUAUGAACCCACAGGCUGCAGAUCAGUUGCUGAAGAUGAUGACAGAUCCAAAACUGAACCCCUUGGCUGCCGGUUUAAACCUGAGUGCAAGCUUGAAGGCUGAUGCGUCCAAUAAAGAGAUUGAAGAAGCAAUGAAGAGGGUCAGAGAGGCUCAGUCACUAAUUUCUGCUGCUAUUGAACCUGGACAUAAGGAGAGCAAAAAGAAACAUUCUCGGUCUCGAUCCAGGUCCAGAAGAAGAAGGUCCAGGUCACGUUCAAGACAUAGUCGCAGGCGAACCAGGAGCAGAUCAAGACGCAGGUCCAACUCAAGAAGCAGGAGGCGCUCCAAAAGCCCACGCAGGAGACACACCCACUCCAGAGACAGGGGCAGGCGAUCUCGAAGCAGAUCGAGAGAAAGAAAGAAGGACGAUGUUGGGAGGAGGAGGUCAAAAACACCUCCUAAAAGCUACAGUACAGCCAGGAGGUCGCGCAGCGUGAGUCGCAGACGCAGGCGAAGUCGCAGCGCCACCCGAUCUCCAAAGAAAUCGCCAAAACGGAGAAUUUCUCCCUCUCCGUCUCCUCGAAGGCACAAGAAGGAAAAAAAGAGGGAUAAGGACAGAGAAAGGGAACGCAGGAGUGACAAAGAACGCAUUCGUGAGGAGCGAGAGCGCUCUACCAGCAAGAAAAAGAAAAGUAAAGACAAAGAACGAGAACGGGAGAGGGAACGUGAACGUGAACGUGAACGUGAAAGGAAAUCGGAUGUAGACAAAGGAGAUAUUAAGAUCACCAGAGAUUACGAUGAAGAGGAACAAGGUUACGACAGCGAGAAGGAAAGGGAGGACAGGAAGGAUUCAGACGACUCUGCCAUGUCUCCUCAGUCUGUUGAGGGAAACGGUUCUGCCCGGGUCGUAAAGCAGGCCAAGGUUAACGGCGCUGAUGAUCACCACGAAGAGGACAUGGAUGUCAGCGACUGAAAGCUGCUUCGUCCCACGUUAUGCGUUUAUUUUGGUUGGAAACAUUCUACAAAUUUUUUCCUCACUUGGGUAAAUCUAAAAAUGUGAAGUGUUUGGAAAAUCGAAAAUCUGUUUAUCGUAUAGAAGAAAAGUCUGUUGUUUUGCAAAUGUAAAUUGCAGCGUUGUUUGCCUAAUUUUGUUUUCAUUUAUCUUGGUUCGUCAGUAAGUGUACAUUUAUUCUUUGCCACCACAGAUGUAAUUAGUUUGAACCGGAAGUAGGUUUGUUUUACUACUAUUGAGCUUGUUUUCCAAUUUAUUGCUACAUGUAUUGUAUCUUUUUUUUGUUUGUUUUAGUGUUGUGGUGUAUGAGUCUUUCCCUGUCCUUCACAGAACAGUUGCAUCUUGCUUCUGACUUGCAAGUGUUUUAUCCAGGAUUUCUUUUAUAUAAUAAAGCCUGUUUGAAGAGCUAA